AUGAACGCCGACGACUCCGACGGCGACGACAUCAGAGGCUGGAUGUGGGAUAAGUUCCAAAACGCCAUCAACACCAUUCAUGAGAACACCUAUGACACAGUCCUUGAGGAAACGCAGGAGACGGACGUUCCCAAUCUUGUCCCACGAUGGACCCAUCCCAACUGGCCACAGCAGGGCAUCCCACUUCCCCCAGAAGAAAUAGUCCCGCAGGAGGGUUCAGAAGCCGUCAUCAAGGGUGAUGCUACGUCUCGGCUACGGCCAGCUCUCCUACCCGAGGACAAGUGGCACACUCCGACCAGAUAUGCCCUGCGGUAUGGCAUAUUCCCCGAUGAUGACUUCCGCGGUCCUCGACAUGGCCGGUCACGCAUGUCCCCUAUAACAGAGGCCUUCGAGCACGAGUACGACAAUUUGGAUCAGCCGGCACCGUACUCGCUUGCCAACAUCGCUGAAACCAUUGCUCAAUUCAAGACGAAUUUUGUGGAAGAAGAGGUCUAUGCAGAUGAUGAGGACUAUCAAAGGGCCUUGUUCCAUGGAUUCACUACCCACGAGAGAAUUAAUUGGAAAUCUGAGCCCUUGCACCCAGACUUUGACCCUCAGGAGAGUAAUCUCAGUGGAAACCUUCACAAUUUGCUGGCGAGAGACCAGAAAUGGCUCAGUGUGGGCGAAGCCAGUCGCCCGAGGUACAAUCUUUGCGGUAAAACAGGUGAAUAUUCUGUGGACGAUGAGGAACUCUGGACAGCUUUACAGCCAGCUCUCCAGCUCGUCACUCGAGUUUUACAAAUGAACCAUCCUUUCUGGCGAGCAUGUCUGGACUAUCUUUGCGCAAUCGAAAUUCCGGAGCAUCGCAAAAGCGAAAACCAUCAGGAUAAAAAGCUCAUCUACAUCGACCCCGACGAGCCCAAGGACUUUUUCAGAAAACUGGGCGCUUCGACAAGAGCAAGACUCGCCUUAGAGUAUCUCCAGGAAAGAAUCUGGUUCAGCAUCAAGUCAAGCCAUCAUUUCAACGUUGUAUGCACAGGAAAACGGAAUCCAGACGACACCACCGGUGAGACGGUGCCGUUCCAUCGACAUAACCCUGUCAAUUUCCGUCUCGAAGUCGUGAUUGCUGCCGAGAUCAUGUGGCCUCUGCUUGUGCCGGAGUACAACAUCGUCGAGAAACAGAACUGUUCACUCGUAAUUGGGACUACCAUUCUUCACGAGCUAGCUCAUGCCGCCCACUUUGCCAUGCAUGCCCAGAGCGCAGACCCUGCAAAUCCAGAAAUCCGUGAUCGAGCCUGGGACGAUCCCUUCUGGGUCAAUGAAGGAAAAGCUGAGAUCGGAUAUGCCUUUGAGAAUCAACUAUGGGGCGGCACUCUCAAACCUCCGCACCAAGCCGACAUCGCCCGAUUCUUGCCCUACCGCACCUGGCCCAUCGACAUCUGCCUCUGGCAAUGGCCCAAUCCAUCAGACAUCAAGGACCAUGCCAACAGCGCCAACUACCUGCCCGACGCUUUCCUGCCCACCUCCAACGUCGGCACGCUGAUCCAGCUGCAAGAUGUCCACCGCCUGUUUCAGCAGAGCUUCUGGGACAACAAUGUGCCCAUCUACGGUCACCGGGCUCUGCGGUUCCCCACGACCGGCAGACCCUCUUUUACCGCGCCGGCAGGUGCGGAUGAAGAACAGCGGAGACAGGAUUGGUACGCGAUCUUCGGUCUGUCUAGAGGGAAAUGGCUGAGCACGGCGGUGAGGGCGUUCAGGGCGGCUGGGUAUGGCAUGGUGAGUGAGUACCUAGGCCAUCUCGUCGACGAGGAGUUGGUGGGCGUGCGAAUCAAGAGCCGUUGGGAUGAGGAGAAGAAAAGAUGGUCGGGCCGUGAUGCGAAGCUCAAGGCAGCAAUGGAAAAGAUCCCACUCAGCGCACUGUCCAACAUGCCUGGUGAAUCCGCAACAAGCGUCACCCAGAUGAAUGCCCGCUCUACCACCCAGGAGCUGCUCUCCGCUUUGCAAGACUUCCGCAGCCUAGUGCUAGCUGAGCUUCAGCACUCCCAGCGCAUGACAGUCGAAUUCCUGCAGCUCUCUGACGUCGACAAGAGCUACCUCCAGGUCCAGCUCUGGAAGCUUCAGCAGCGGAUGUCGUCCUACGGACGCAAGGUGCACAGAGUCAAGGAGCUGUCUCUUCCGGUCAAGAUAACCCGCUGGCUGCAAAUCGUGUCUCUCGAUGCGCAGCUGAUCUCGUCCAUCAACGAGGUUGUCGCGUCCCUCACGAUGCUCGACCUCUCUCUAAAGCAAACCAGCGAAUACCUGAACAAGAGCACCAUUUCGAAAAUCGAGUUCACCGAGUUAGCAAAGACCAUGCCCUCCCUCGUGGACACCGUCCACCGCUCCCGGUCCCAGCGUCUGCAGAAGAUUGCGCAGCGGGAUGUGUUCAACAUGCCGCGCAUGUUCCGGCAGCUGUGGGAUAAGUUCCAUUCGGUCUUUGGACGAAUCGCGAUGAAACUUCAGGCGGGGACGCUGAGGGUGAAACCAUAUCACAAAAGAAAGAACAAGAAGGGGAAAGGGAAACAGCGAGCAACAAGCCCUGGCACGGAUUACGACUCUGAUCUUGACAUGGACCGCCUUAACCUCAGUGACAGCCCAUCCAAACAAUCAAGAUCACCGAGAACGGCUUAUCCACAGGGUCCGCCGGGUCCGGCACCAGCACCGAGACCAACGACGAGGGUCAUCUCAGAACGGGAAGCAAUCUUGUCAGGAGAGGCCUUUACCAGUCUGCAAAUUAGACCACGGGGGGCACCGGCUAACAACCUCCCUCAAGGAAUCUCCCUUUCAAGGCACAACUUUGGAAACCUGGAAAUUAGGUCCCGUCCACUACCGCCACCAGCAGCCGGCGCUAAGCGUGGACGAGGAGAUGAUGAUGAUGACGAUGAGGAUGAACAACAGUUGCCGGCUACCAAGCGACAACUGCGCCCAAAUCAAGUCCUCCCGCCACGGAGAUUCGCUUGUCCACCUGUUGGUGGCGGUAUUCCAUCUUCAUCACCAGCGGCUGGUGCUUCCCGUUCUGCUUCGGGUGCUAUUUGGACUUCUUCGUCUAGUUCUGCUUCUGAUGAUGGUUCUAGUGAAAGUUCCAGUGAUGAUUCGCGCAGUGAUCCUCGUGGUGGACCUUAUGGUGGCCCUGGUGGUGGUUCACCAGGUGCAGGUGCCAUGGAAGAAGACAGCUCCUCAGACGACGAGUUGAUACCUGAAGAGGAUUAUAACGAAGGCGACCCCUGGAGCCCCGAUAGUCCCUCAGUAUUCGGAGAUGCCAUGGACAUCAGUCCCCCCGGUGACAACGGCGGCAGAGGCAUGGGGAUGGCAGCGCGCUCCCAACACCCUCGUCGUCGUCACGUCGGUAGUGAUUCUAACUCCGACUUUGACUCGUCUUUCUACAGCUCAACCCGCUCCUACUCAUCCUCGUCUUCAGAGUCCGGCAUCGUAGCCAACGACCCCAAUCUCGCCGACCCCUUUACGGACGCCCCUCCCCCUCAACCCCGUAACACCACUAAUACCAGGAGCAUCACUAACAACCCCUCCCAACGAGGCCGAUCUACCACCACACCGACCACUCCCCAACGCAGCCCCCGUGCUGCUCGCACAGGCAGCCCCCUCCGUACCCCUCCCAUGCGCGCCCCCUCCCAGUCUCCCUACCGCACCCCACCCAUGCGCGCCCCCUCCCAGUCUCCCUACCGCACCCCACCCCCGGCCUACACCAAGACUCCCCCCGUCCACUCCAAAUCGCCUCGUCACAUCCUUGAAGGUCCUCGUCCCCGUCGCCGUUCCACACCAGGCCACUCCCCCCUCCAAGGCCCUCGACCCUCUCGUCAACCCCACCGGGCCAACGCCAAUAACGCCGACGAAACCCCCCCUCCCUCAUUCCUAGACACAGUAGGCCUCGCCGACCUCGCCGACCUCACCAUGGGCAACCUCGGCCUCAACUCCCCCGCCGGCCGUCCAGCCACAGACGGCGACAUCCGUAAUGCUCGCACACCUAAUACCCCCGAGGACUUUGUUCGUGGCGCUGGCGCUCUUUUAGGAGGAGCAGGCGACUCACCUACCAUGACCCGGGGAAGAACAACGCCGGGGAGCGCCAUGCGGGGAUUGCUGGAUCCGUUGGGGGUCUGCGGCACGGGCACGGGCAGCACCUGGGGCGCCUGGGGGCGCCUGGUAGGAGACGUGCUGGUGGUGGUGGGAAUGCUGGGGCUGGAGCGGGAGCGGGAGCUGGAGCAGGAGCAGUAG